AUGCCGUCCCUCCUCCGUGCCCUCCUCCCCCCGGUAACGACCGCCCUCGCCCUCCAAGCCGCAGCCGGUCUCCCCUCCAUCGCCGCCAAAUCCGAUCGCAUCUACGACCUCAGCGGUUCCCUCACGUUCCUCGCCGUCGGUGCUUUAAGCCUGUACAUGCCCCGCCUCGUCGGACCCGUCAUCCCCGGCGUCAUCUCCGUCCUGCGCGGCCAAGGACCGACGGUUCUGAGGCACGCAGACUGGAGACAGCUGGUGCUUACAGGUGCCGUAGCGAUUUGGGCGACGCGAUUGGGAUCAUACCUCUUUGCUCGAGUCCUCCAAAACGGCCACGACUCACGCUUCGACGAAAUCAAGACGUCGGCGCCUAAAUUCGCCGGCGCCUUCUUCGGCCAGGCCCUCUGGGUCUCGCUCUGCCUCUCACCCGUCAUCCUUCUCAACGCGGUGCCCCCAGCCGUCCUCUCUGCCGCGGUGCCUAAGCUCCUACUUACAGACGUCCUCGGGCUGACCAUCUGGGCGUGCGGCUUUGCGUGCGAGGUUAUCGCUGAUAGACAAAAGAGCGCCUGGAUGAAGGAGAAGAAGGAGAAGCUUCAUGAUGAGGAUUUCAUGACUCGAGGGUUGUUCUCUAGAAGCCAAUUCCCCAACUACUUUGGUGAAAUCACCCUCUGGACAGGCAUCGCCACCGUCGCCGCUGGUAUCCUGGCGAGACAGCCUGUUCAGCUGGCUCUCGGCCUCUCUGGCAGUGCGGGCAGCAUACUGACUACGACAGCUCUGUCAUAUGUGAGCCCUGCCUUUGCAGCGCUGCUGUUGACAAAGGUAUCCGGCAUCCCAUUGAGCGAAGAAAAGUACGACAAGCGAUAUGGUCAUCGCAAGGACUAUCAGGAGUGGAAGAAAAACACGCCCAAGCUCAUCCCUCGGUUCUGGUAA